AUGGAAACGCCAAAACGAACAGCAAUAAUUACUGAUCCCUCAGCAUUAGCGGAAUCCGCCGGUGGUCUUGCCUUUGAAGUUAAACUCGGUGAAUCACCUCGUCACAAUGCAACUCAACCACCAUUACAUUUUCUUUCGCCAAGUGCCAAAGGAAAUCAAACAGAUUUAAUUACACCAUUAACACCGGAAAGUAUAACUGAAAAGUUGAAACGUGCUGAAGAACGUCGAUUAAGUUUGGAACAACUUCGUGCCACAUUGCUUGCGGCUGAAAACAAUCGACCUGGUGAGAUCAGUAAGAUCAAAGAUCAACAAGCUGAAGAAUUUCGCAAACAAACCGAAGAAAAAUUACAAAAAAAACUCGAAUCAGCGAAAGAAAAUCGCGAACGUGUCUUACAAGCGAAAGUCGAAAAAGCGAAAGCACCGAUCGAAAAAGGUCUUGCCAGUGUUCAACAAAAUUUAGCUAAACUCGAAGAAGAACGACAAUCAUUACAAGAGAAAAUCAAUCAAAAGAUGAACACAGCUGAAACAAAUCGACAAGAACAAUUAGAUCGUUUGAUGGAGAAAUUGAAUGAACAUGAUAAAAAAAUUGAAGCCAUCAAGAGUCAAGCCAAAUUGGAGACAGUCUCAACAGAAGAAACACAAUAA